AUGGCAGAUGUUCGAUCUCUGCUCAAAAGUGAGCGCGCUGCUCGCCGCAUCCAACAUAAAUAUGCUUCCUAUUCCACGACUGGCACACUCCUGUGUGUAGUUUGCCAUUUACAACUAAAGAGCGAGUCACUGUGGGAUGGCCAUCUGAGGUCGGCGGGCCAUAUUAUGCGCCUAGAAAAGCUGCAACUCCAAGCUAGUGAACAGGAACAGGAGCAAGAGGGAGAGCAGAGGCCGGAAGAGCAGGCUGAGCGGGUCCGGCCCAGUGAUGACAACAAGAAAAAAAGAAAGGCGAGCAGCAACGAAGAAGACACAAUUCGAAAACGAGGCAGACCAGCGAACGGGUUGCCUGGCAAUUUCUUUGAUCCAGCAACCGUGCCCUCUGAAUCCCGCGUUGUGCGUCCUAUGAAUGAAAUCCAGAUCCCUUCCAGGCCUGCAACUCCCUUGAAAGCCUCCCCCGGUUCUGGGCAGCCAACUGUCGACGAGGAUGAAUGGGCUGCGUUUGAAGCAGAUAUCGCUGCGGCAGAGCUUCCAGCCGCUGUAGAUGCCGUAAUCUCGGCACCAGCGAUGUCUACUGCUGAUUUGGUGGCGCAAUCCACGGAGGAAUCGAGCAAGCAGCGAAAGGCAAGAGAAGAAGCUGAGGUAGAAGGCGAUAAAGAAGAUGCCGAGAGGAAACUAGAAGACGAGUUCGACCGGAUGGAGGGCUUAGAAGCGAGGGUCCGGAGACUAAGAGAGAGGAGGGAAGCUUUGCGAAAAAUGGAUAUGGCCGUUAAAAAUCCUACAACCCAAACAAAGCCAUUAGGCACGAUAGGAGGCAUAAACAAUGAGGAUAAGGAUGAUGAGGACGAGGGCGAUGAGGAUGAGUGGGAUGGGUUCAGGAUGAAGUGGUAG